AUGAGAUCUUCAGCCUCCAGGCUCUCCAGUUUUUCAUCAAGAGAUUCACUAUGGAAUCGGAUGCCGGACCAGAUCUCCGUCUCCGAGUUCAUCGCCGAGACCACCGAAGACUACAACUCGCCAACCACGUCCAGCUUCACUACGCGGCUGCACAACUGCAGGAACACCGUUACGCUGCUGGAGGAGGCUCUAGACCAAGAUAGAACAGCCUUACAGAAAGUUAAGAAGUCUGUAAAAGCAAUAUAUAAUUCUGGUCAAGAACAUGUACAAAAUGAAGAAAACUAUGCACAAGUUCUUGAUAAGUUUGGGAGUAAUUUUUUAAGUCGAGACAACCCAGAUCUUGGCACCGCUUUUGUCAAGUUUUCUACACUCACAAAGGAACUGUCCACACUGCUGAAAAAUCUGCUCCAGGGCCUGAGCCACAAUGUGAUCUUCACCUUGGAUUCCUUGUUGAAAGGAGACCUGAAGGGAGUCAAAGGCGAUCUCAAGAAGCCAUUUGACAAAGCUUGGAAAGAUUAUGAGACGAAGUUUACCAAAAUUGAGAAGGAGAAGAGGGAGCACGCCAAGCAGCACGGGAUGAUCCGCACGGAGAUCACUGGUGCCGAGAUCGCGGAGGAAAUGGAGAAGGAGCGGCGCCUCUUCCAGCUCCAGAUGUGUGAGUAUCUCAUUAAAGUUAAUGAAAUCAAGACCAAAAAGGGUGUGGAUCUGCUGCAGAACCUGAUAAAGUAUUAUCACGCACAGUGCAAUUUCUUUCAAGAUGGUUUGAAAACAGCUGAUAAAUUGAAACAGUACAUUGAAAAACUGGCUGCUGAUUUGUAUAAUAUCAAACAGACCCAGGAUGAAGAAAAGAAACAGCUGACCGCACUCCGAGACCUAAUAAAGUCCUCCCUUCAACUCGAUCAGAAAGAAGAUUCCCAGAGCCGGCAAGGAGGCUACAGCAUGCACCAGCUUCAGGGUAACAAGGAGUACGGCAGCGAGAAGAAGGGCUACCUGCUGAAGAAGAGCGACGGGAUCCGGAAAGUGUGGCAGAGAAGGAAGUGCUCCGUCAAGAACGGGAUUCUGACCAUCUCCCACGCCACAUCCAACAGGCAACCAGCCAAGCUGAACCUUCUCACCUGCCAGGUGAAACCAAAUGCCGAGGACAAGAAGUCUUUUGACCUGAUAUCACAUAACAGGACAUAUCACUUUCAGGCAGAAGAUGAGCAGGAUUACGUAGCGUGGAUCUCGGUGCUGACGAACAGCAAAGAGGAGGCGCUCACCAUGGCCUUCCGGGGGGAGCAGAGCACAGGGGAGAACAGCCUGGAGGACCUGACAAAAGCCAUCAUCGAGGAUGUGCAGCGGCUCCCAGGCAACGACGUCUGCUGCGACUGCGGCUCUCCAGAACCCACCUGGCUGUCCACCAACUUGGGUAUCUUGACCUGUAUAGAAUGUUCCGGCAUCCAUAGAGAAAUGGGGGUUCAUAUUUCUCGCAUCCAGUCUUUGGAACUAGACAAAUUAGGAACUUCUGAACUCUUGCUGGCCAAGAAUGUAGGAAACAAUAGUUUUAAUGAUAUUAUGGAAGCAAAUUUACCCAGUCCCUCACCAAAACCCACCCCUUCAAGUGAUAUGACCGUACGGAAGGAAUAUAUCACUGCAAAGUAUGUAGAUCAUAGAUUUUCACGGAAGACCUGUUCAUCUUCAUCAGCUAAACUGAACGAAUUGCUUGAGGCCAUCAAAUCCAGGGAUUUACUUGCACUAAUUCAAGUCUAUGCAGAGGGGGUGGAGCUAAUGGAACCUCUGCUGGAACCCGGACAGGAGCUUGGGGAGACAGCUCUUCAUCUUGCAAUCCGAACUGCAGACCAGACGUCUCUCCAUUUGGUGGACUUCCUUGUACAAAACUGCGGGAACCUGGAUAAGCAGACGGCCCUGGGGAACACAGCCCUGCACUACUGUGGUAUGUACAGUAAACCAGAGUGUUUGAAGCUGCUGCUCAGGAGCAAGCCCACCGUGGACGUCGUUAAUCAGGCUGGAGAGACUGCCCUGGACAUAGCAAAGAGGCUGAAAGCCACUCAGUGUGAAGACCUGCUUUCCCAGGCUAAAUCUGGAAAGUUCAAUCCACAUGUCCACGUGGAAUAUGAGUGGAAUCUUCGACAGGAGGAGAUGGAUGAAAGUGAUGACGACCUGGAUGACAAACCAAGCCCCAUCAAGAAGGAGCGCUCCCCCCGACCCCAGAGUUUCUGCCACUCGUCCAGCAUCUCCCCGCAGGACAAGCUCUCGCUGCCGGGCUUCGGCACGCCGAGGGACAAGCAGCGACUCUCCUACGGCGCCUUCACCAACCAGCUCUUCUCCGCAAGCACAGACUCACCCACGUCACCGAUUGCGGAGGCGCCCCCGCUGCCUCCCAGAAACGCCGCGAAAGGUCCACCUGGCCCACCUUCAACACUCCCUCUAAGCACCCAGACCUCUAGUGGCAGCUCCACCCUGUCCAAGAAGCGGCCUCCUCCCCCACCACCCGGACACAAGAGAACCCUGUCCGACCCUCCCAGCCCACUACCUCACGGGCCCCCAAACAAAGGCGCAGUUCCUUGGGGUAACGACGUGGGUCCGUCAUCGUCCAGUAAGACCACAAACAAGUUCGAGGGCCUGUCCCAGCAGUCAAGCACCGGUUCUGCAAAGACUGCCCUUGGCCCAAGAGUUCUUCCUAAACUACCUCAGAAAGUGGCACUAAGGAAAACAGAUACCAGCCAUCAUCUCUCCCUUGACAAAGCCAACAUCCCGCCUGAGAUCUUCCAGAAGUCGUCCCAGUUGGCAGAGUUACCACAGAAGCCGCCACCCGGGGACCUGCCCCCAAAGCCCAUGGAACUGGCUCCCAAACCCCCCAUCGGAGACUUGCCACCUAAGCCAGGCGAGCUGCCCCCCAAGCCGCAGCUGGGCGACCUGCCCCCCAAGCCCCAGCUCGCAGACUUGCCCCCCAAGCCCCAGGUGAAGGACCUGCCUCCCAAGCCACAACUGGGGGAGCUGCUGGCGAAACCCCAGACGGGAGACGCCUCGCCCAAGGCCCAGCCACCCCCAGAGCUCGCCCCCAAGUCACACCCGGCGGACCUGUCCCCGAACGUCCCCAAGCAGGUGUCUGAGGACACCAAUGACCUCACGCCCACCCUGCCAGAGACACCCGUGCCGCUGCCCAGGAAGAUCAACACGGGGAAGAGCAAGGUGAGGCGAGUGAAGACCAUCUACGACUGCCAGGCGGACAACGAUGAUGAGCUGACCUUCAUGGAGGGCGAGGUGAUCGUGGUCACCGGGGAGGAGGACCAGGAGUGGUGGAUUGGGCACAUCGAGGGGCAGCCCGAAAGGAAGGGCGUCUUCCCAGUGUCCUUCGUCCACAUCCUGUCCGACUAG